GACGUCCUGUCUGCUCUGGGUUCGCCCAGUCGGAUCUUCUACAAGACGGAGGACAAAAUGAAGAUCCACCUGCCCCAGUUCUAUCGGCAGAUUCGCCACCGUCAUUCAGACUUCUUUUACAACUACUUCACUCUCGGCUUGGACAUCCUCUUUGACGCGCACACUCACACUGUCAUCAGCUUUGUCCUUCACACCAAUCUGCCCGGCGAGUAUACCUUUAACACGUGA